AUGGACCUGCAGGACGGCGUCAAUUCGGAGGAGGUUCUGCAGCGAGUGCAGGAGGUCUGCGCUAAGGCUGUAGCCCCGGCCACCGCUCGUCUGGUGACGGAGACACUAGAGGUUCGGUUUGAUGAGGUCGACCCUUUAGCCAAGGCAUCGGACGUGGCGACGGCGGUCCAGGACUGCACGAAGAAAACAGUGAAGGAAUCCGCCGUGCAUUUGACGAAAUCCUGGAACGGCACCCAGACGGCGUACAUCCGAAUGUCAGUGAAGGCAGCGGAGAAGAUGGCACAGCAGCACGUGAAAGUGCUGUACACAUCUUGUCUAGCAACGAAACUGACACCACCGACGCAGGGCCAGCAGCGGUGCUUCAAGUGCUUGGAACCCGGCCACCAGAAGCUUCAGUGCAAGAGCGAGAAGGAUUGGUCGACGCACUCAAUCCGUUGCGGCCAACCGGGCCACUUGGCUCGGGCUUGCACGGCAGCGGUCUGCUGUACGGUCUGCAAGGGGCCGCAACGGGUGGGACAUCCGUCCUGCCGACGGGAAGUAUAA